GAGAGCUCGCGCGUCUUCCCUUGAAUCAAAAUUGCCGAGGGCAGUGUCACAAUUCGAGUGAAAGGUUUAAUGAAGCAAAGCAUCUUUCUGGAAUCUCUUGACACUUUAAGUAGCAAUGAAGGAGACAGCGGAGAAUCCACCAUCGGAUGGAGAGGCGCGAGACAUGGAACGCGAGAAGGUGAUCCAUCGGAAUUGAUUGCAGAGUUUCUGGGCGAUGGGAAGGCCAAAAAAGGGUGGGAAGACAAAGCCUUCCAAAAGGCCAGUGGAGGAACCAGAAAGGUCAGCCCAUGUAGAGAAUGUCGAAGUGGUUACUCAGGAAAGUGAAACCAUAUGCCAGAAACUCAGCAGGCAGAAAGGAAGGGUGAACAACAAGUGAAUGAGCUUGAGAAUGAAGAAGUUCAUCCCCCGAAUGAUGACAUAGCUUUUGAAGAGGAUGCAAACCUAAGCCAGGGGUAUCAUUCUACUGCGGGAUGUUCUUCGGCUCAGAAGAAGAAAGGCAGAGGUCCUGGAAUAGGGGUGAAGUCGGGCCAUGGUAUUCACCUUGAGAUACAUGACAACAGGAUCGUCACACCACACGCUGCCCAUGAACUCACUGCCAUCUUCAAAAGGAGCAUCACUGGACCAUGGAUAAGGUUCUCAGAGUACCCUACUUCUGCUUUGCCGACCGUGAAUGCUCGUUUCAGGGAAUCUGGGUUCACAUGCUCUCUGCCAGGGGAAGAACUCAAUGUUCAUCACAAGGAACAUAUCAAGAGGAACUUUUCCCAGUGGAUGUAUGGGUUCCGUAACCGAAGCACCAGUGAUAAGAACAAAGCCAAUCGUGAGAAGUCUGAGAUCACUGGUACUGGCGGAUUUGUUCCCAUGGCAAAGUUUAGGCUUGAUCAGAUCAAAAAGACUGGAAAAGAACCAGAUCCUAUAGAGACAUUUAAGAAGUUCCAUGUUAAGAAGGCCAAUGGUGAAUUCACCACCCCAAAAGCUCAGACCAUACAUGCUGAAUUGAAGAAUAAGGAAGCUGAGAAGUUCAGUCAAGGGGAAGAGGUGAACCAGUUUGCGAUUUAUGGUGAGGGCUGCAGCAAAAUGUGUGAAGAGGACCGAAGGCAAGAGAAGGUGAAGAAUGAUGAGAUGAUAAGCAUGCUGAAAGAAGAGCUAGUGCAGGUGAAGAAUGGAAUUCCUCAGAUUGUCGAGGACACCUUGAAGAGGCUAGGAGUUACUUUGGUAGAGUCCUCAAUGGCUGGAGACAAGGGGGUGAAUGAUGAAGAUGAAGAUGGAGACGAGGAAGUGAAUGAUGAAGAUGCGGACGGUAUUGACGAUGAGAACAGCUCCCCCUGAUGAUGAUGAUUACUAAGUUUGCAGCGCUAGGAAGAAGGGAGCAGUAGGAACUUUGUAAGUUCCAAUUUUCAAUCGGAAGUUUGCAGCUAGGAAGAAGGCAGUCUUAGGAACUUUGCAAGUUCCAUUUUUCAAUCGGAUUAUGUUUAUGUUAGGUUUUGUUUUGUUAAGUGUUUGGUUGUUUUGUUAUAUGUUUGAACAAGUGUUGAAGGUGGUCUCUGUUUAAGACAAUUUUGGUGGUUAUGCCACCUAAUUUUAU